AUGGACCAUAUGAUGACUGUCAAUGAUAGUAACGCGACAACACAAUCAAUUGAAUGGAUUCCUGGUUUACAAUUAGUAGCUUGUAUUUUUUAUAGUAUAAUACUUUUAGUUGGUGUUACCGGUAAUAUUUUAGUUAUUGUUAUUGUAAUGAAAUAUCCACAUAUGCGCAACGCAACUAAUUAUCUUUUGACAAAUUUAUCUGCUGCCGAUCUAUUUCUUUUAUUAUUUUGCACAGCUGACGGUUAUCAACAUUUGUACGGAAAAGAUAAACAUCGUUUGGGCAAUUUUAUGUGUCGAUUUAGUCCAUUUGUUCAAAAUAUAACAGCAACAUGUUCUGUUCUAACAAUUAUGGCAAUUAGUUAUGAACGAUAUGUUGCGAUUUGUCAACCGUUAAAAACAAACCCUCUUCAUUUAACUUUAUUUCGAACAUUACCAACAGUUGUUCUCUUUUGGCUUGUUUCUUGUCUAAUUUCAAUUCCUUUUUUUACAUUUACCAAUACGGAUAUAGUGGAAGCAACCUAUGAUGAAUUCAUUAUAUCAUGUUUUACACGAUUUCCUUUAUCAUGGGCGACUUGGUAUCUUAUACCAUGCACAUUAAUCAUUUAUUUAAUCAUUUUAAUUAUGCUGUGCUAUUGGCAUUAUUCUAUUUGCUGUAUGCUAUUUAAUCGUGAAUCUCUUUUACGUGACAAUACAAUUGUAACACGUUAUCGACGACAAGUAGCACAAUUACUUAUUGCUUUAAUAGUUUCAUUUUUUGUGCUCAUUUUACCACAUAAAAUUUGGGGUAUCAUACAACCACGAUUAAGUCUCGAACAAUUUCAUGAGCUUGGAUUUCGUCGUCAUUCAUUUCUUAUUAUUGUUACACGUUCUUUACUUUAUCUUAAUUCAGCUAUCAAUCCAAUACUUUAUUCUAUCAUGUCAACAAAAUUCCGUCAAAGUUUCAGCCGUCUUUGUGGUGGAUGUGAUGCGUCAUCAAAAGGUCAACAUGCAUCAGCUGUACUAUUUUGCAAUGGAUAUUCAAUGCGGCCAAUAUUAAUUAGCACAAACAGAGAUGGUCUUCGUGGUACAGUAUCAACAACAACAACAACUAGAUUACCAUAUCAUUCAACACAUAUUAGUCAAUUACAAGAAAAAAAAACACUACUAACUAAUAAUACUCCAACACCAGUUGCAACCAGUAAUAAAAAAUUUAUUUUUCCUUAG